AUGUCUACUCCAGUUCAAUCUUCAUUGGCCGACCUCAAGGCAUCCACUGCUCAGCUUGUGGGCAUCAUUGCCGGCGCUCGGCACAUCCCGGCCGGCACAGUGGAUGUCCACCUUGCUCUGACAAAACAGGUCACCACUCUUUUGGGUGACAUCAUCCGGGCGCAUGAGAAAGGAGAUUACAUCCCUGGCAUUGUGGCUUCCUGUUCCAAGGAGCUGAUGAUGGUGCGUUCCAGGACUCCCCGGGUGUUGCCCGACUGGCACAGCAUUGGCCAUGAUGACCCCCGGGUGUCGAGACACACCUGGCGCAAGCAGGUUUGCGCCUGGGAGGCGUUGGGUGACAAUUCCUGUGAUCUCCCUGUUGUUCCUAAUCCUUCCACUGGCCCACUGACUGUCAACCUUCCGUCUCCACCUGUCCCUUCCCCCACACCUGUCCUUCCCUCCCCUCCCAUCGUCGCAGGCAAUGUCGCUGGUUCGUCCGGCAAGAUGACCUCCGAGUUCCGGGACAAAGGAAAAGGUAAGGCGGUUGCUGUUGACCUUGAGCCGGAAGUCAGAGGGAGCAGCAAGAGGAAGUCUCCCAUGAUUUCUGGACACUCCUCCCAACCUCUGAAGUCGGCGAUGAAGAGUUGCAAGCGGGUCAAGUCAACUCGACUCACCAAGUCGAAGCUGUUUGUGGAGUCGGAAGAUGAUGAAGAAACAAUUGUUCAGCCGAUUUCGCGUGGAGUGCCGGAGGUCGUCCUUCCCCAGCUCUCCACCAUUGUUGUAAGGACGCCCCAGUUGCCUCGGUCACCUGGUUCCCCCAAGAAGCAAUCAUUUGGGCCUGCUUCGCUGACUGUCGGCAGUCGUCCGGAGAAAUCUCCCAUCAGUUGUCCGGAGGCUUGGGCAACCUCUGGCAGUCGUCCGGAAGUUGAUGAGUCCUCUGAUGAUACUUCCAGCACUUCGGAUGGUGAACCUCCGUCCAAUCCCACAUUUGAUAUCACCAUUCCCGGCCCAAACAACCCCUGCCAUUAUUGCAUCAAGGAGGAUUGGCCCUGCGCAACUCAUUUGGACAAGAGGUCCGGCCACCCCUGCUUGUCUUGCAUCCGCUGCUCCACCAAGAAGAUCAAAUGCAACCCUGCAUCUCUGGGAUCCCCGCCCAAACACACCCUAGGGAAGUCUACCACCAGUCGGACGCAUUCCAAGACACCUGCCCUUGCUCCAUCCAAUGCUCUGUCUCCCUCGCACAAGACCAUUACUGCCAAGAAGACACCUGCACCUGCACCUGCAUCUGCGCCAGCUUCUGUUCCUUCUUUGAGCUUCGCAUUGCCUCGUGCAGCACUCGAUGUUCCCAUGCCGGAUCUCCAUUCCAUGGCAAUCACAAUUCGGGAUGGUGCAGCUCACAUCACCAUUCUCGAGGCUCAUGUGCUGGAGCAGGAUGUCAUGGAACCCACACCCUUGAUGGUUGAGGAUGGAUCUGCUAUGGUAGGUCUCAUGGUUGAGCCCACUCAAGUUCAGCCUGAGGGUCCACAAUCCUCCGGUGAGAUUGUGGUCCUGGAUGAACCAGGCAACCUCUUGCCAGAAUAUGAUUCUUCUGAUGAGGAGAUAGAUGUUGAGGUGAAGGUUGAUCGUCCUGCUGAGGAGGUUGAAAUGGCUACAUAA